AUGUGAGAUAUGGAGUUUUCGAUGUGGGGCUGUCUGCUUCUCGCUCUGUUUACGGCCAGCAUCGGCGUCGAGGGAAUUGACCGCCGCGGCGCGCGUACGGAGAGAAUUUCAGGAAGUGCUGGUGAUGUUCUUGAUGAUAAUCCUGUGGGAAAAUUGAAAGUUUAUGUGUACGAGCUUCCGAGCAAAUACAACAAGAAGAUCCUGCAGAAAGAUCCGCGUUGUCUUACGCACAUGUUUGCUGCUGAGAUAUUUAUGCACCAGUUUCUCUUAACCAGUGCUGUUCGAACUCUGAAUCCGAAUGAAGCAGAUUGGUUCUACACACCUGUUUACUCAACUUGUGAUCUGGCACCCAAUGGAUUGCCACUGCCUUUCAAAUCGCCAAGAAUGAUGAGGAGUGCGAUACAGCUCAUCUCGGCUAGAUGGCCUUACUGGAAUCGAACUGAAGGAGCUGAUCAUUUCUUUCUUGUUCCCCAUGAUUUUGGUGCCUGCUUCCAUUAUCAAGAAGAGAAAGCUAUAAAGAGGGGGAUCCUUCCGUUACUUCAACGUUCUACCUUGGUUCAAACUUUUGGACAACAAAACCAUGUCUGUUUAAAUGAUGGUUCGAUAACUAUACCUCCAUAUGCGCCUCCAGAGAAAAUUAUGUCCCACUUGAUUCCCCCCGACACGCCAAGAUCCAUCUUCGUCUAUUUCCGUGGUUUGUUCUAUGAUGUAAACAACGACCCUGAAGGUGGUUACUACGCGAGAGGUGCUCGGGCGUCCAUGUGGGAGAACUUCAAGAACAAUCCACUGUUUGACAUCUCCACAGACCACCCAACCACAUACUACGAGGACAUGCAGCGAGCUGUAUUCUGUUUAUGCCCUCUGGGUUGGGCUCCAUGGAGCCCCAGACUCGUGGAAGCUGUGAUUUUUGGUUGCAUUCCGGUGAUCAUAGCAGACGACAUCGUGCUGCCAUUUGCAGAUGCUAUUCCAUGGGAGGAAAUAGGCGUGUUCGUAGCAGAGAAGGAUGUCCCAUACUUGGACACUAUCCUCACAUCCAUCCCGGCUGAUGUGAUUCUACGGAAGCAGAGGCUACUUGCUAAUCCUUCCAUGAAACAGGCGAUGUUGUUCCCUCAGCCAGCACAAUCGGGAGAUGCUUUCCACCAAAUCUUAAACGGGCUAGCCCGGAAGCUGCCUCACGACAAGAAAAUAUACUUGAAGCCUGGCGAGAAGGUUUUGAACUGGACUGCAGGACCAGUUGGGGACCGCAAGCCUUGGUGAAGAUGCGAUCGAGUUUCUUGCCCGCCCAGAAAGUAAUGGUCUGUCAAGUUCCUAAUUUUUGUUUAUGGUCUGUCAAAUUGCUAAUUUUUGUGUAUACGAGUUGAAGAAUGAAACUUUUAAGAGGGUGAUAGAAUUUGGUGGGAGUGGGAUUCUUGAAUGAAAUCCGAUUCGUUGGAUCA